UCCAUGGCCUUUUCAUUGCAAAAGUCCUGGGCCCGUAUCUCUAAAGAAUUUUUGUGCAAAAAGUGGCUCCUAGCGGCCAAAUUCUAAGAAAAUUCUCAGAGGCAUGACGUUUUCUUAGAAUUUCCCCUAAAAGUGACACGAAAAUCCCAGUUAAUAUAAAAGCUAUUCCUCAAGAGUCCUAGCGCUUAAAAGGGCUCCUAAGGCGAGAUCUGCUAAGAGCAGGGAAGAGGACUUUUAGUGGCUUAGGAGUUACCCUAAGCAGCUGCACAAAAUGGCCAACAGAGGAGGCAGGAGAGAUGUCCUGCAAACACUGGAUGACAGGGAAUUAUUGAGACGCUACAGAUUGGAUCGUGCAGGAAUCAUGUUUGUGGUGGAUCUCCUUAGAGAUGCAAUUACUUCACCAACUCGACGCCACAACGCUAUUACACCGGAGAAGAAAGUAAUCACAACCCUGAGGUAUUUGGCAACAGGGAAAAUGCAACAAUGCAGCAGUGAUGACUUGGGUCUGUCCCAAUCCUCCGUCAGCAGAGUCAUCACCCAAACACUGACAGCUUUGUCACAACCUAAUAUUGUGACACAAUUUGUUUCAUUCCCGCUGGAUGCCCGCACUUUACACACACAUAAAAGGGCAUUUAUGGACAUUGCAGGAUUCCCUGGCGUUGUGGGUGUAAUUGAUGGAACACAUGUGAGAAUAAUUGCGCCAUCAGAGGACGAGGCUGUCUUUGUUAACAGGAAGAAUUUCCACAGCAUCAAUGUGCAAAUAGUGUUCAAUGCGGCCUGGAAGAUUUUGGACAUUGUGGCUAAAUGGCCAGGCUCCACACAUGAUGCGAGAAUACUCUCCGAGAGUGGCAUCAGACAGCUUUUUGAGAGACGCUAUGUGCCAGCUAAUUGCCACUUGUUAGGGGACAGUGGCUACCCAUGCAAACCAUGGCUCCUUACACCUUACCUCCAGCCACGCCAAGGGCCCCAACUAAACUAUAACAGGGCCCACAAGACAACAAGAGCGGUGGUGGAGCGUGGCAUAGGCCAGCUUAAGAGGCGCUUUCAUGUUCUCCACGGAGAGGUGCGGCUGAGGCCUGAAAAAGUCAGCAAACUCAUCAUAGCCUGUGCAAUAUUACACAAUAUUUGCAAGGUUAGACAGAUUGCAGAACCUCUGGAGGAUGGCGAUGAGGAUGAGGAUGGAGACAACGAUGAGGAUGGUGGUGAAGAAGAUAUUCACAUUCCACAGGGGAACCUAGCCCAGAGCAAGCUGUAG